AUGCAUCGUAUUACUUCCCACUGCUCCGGCGGCAGUGAAUCGAGUCUCUCGCUUUAUCGCGGCUUCUGUGGUUGUGGAUGUGUCCCCUCUUUGAUGUUUUGGACGCUUCGGUGGUAUGACUUCAUCGGUUUCUUCCUGCCCCAUGGCAGCUGGCUUUGGAGGUGGGGUGCUCUCCCCUCUCUCGCUGGAGGAGGCUCCAUUUGGUUCUGCCCGGUUCUUGCAUUGCUUUGGUCGGUUCAUCAGGGUGCUUCUGCCUCACAAGAGCAUCCAUUGCUCCAGCAUUACCGAUCAUACAAACGCCCCAGGUCCGACAAGGAUGAUACCGCGCCCCAGCAAGAACCGGCCGGGCCCUGGCAUUUGUACAAUGGCGUGAGCCGGGCCCUGCAAAGUCCCUCAAGAGGCGAACUUCGCUUGCGCUUGGACUCUCCUGAGAAUACGGGAUGCACUGGACGCUUGCACCGCGAUGGGGUGUGGCCGGCGUCAGCAGGUGACCUGCGACCCAUAACUGCGCGACUUCUCUCAACUUCUUCACCUUACAUUUAUUUCUUGCGCACAUUUUCCCUCACAGUAGCCGCAUGUGCAAUGGCCUCCAUUCUUUCAUCUCGUAUUGAUUUUUUUUAUUGUGUGUGUGCUUCCUCGUGCCUGUUGAGGAACACACGCGAAGGCGAAGAGCGGAGAUAA